AUGUUGCACAUCUCCGACGUCAGCGCCGGCGGCAACUCGCGACAGCACAAUGGGAACCAUUAUGGGGAUACGAAUAACCAUUACACGAAUGUAUACCCGCCGCUACUGAGGCUAGCUGACGACAACAUCGAGCAAAGAGAGACCCGCAACAUUGCUUUGAUCCGCGCUGCUGGGGAAGGCCAGACGCGGCGGGUCGAGAAGCUUCUCAGAGAUGGCGCCGACGUGGACUACCAGAAUAAUUACGGCACCACUGCUCUGCAUGAGGCUGCAUUUUCCGGCUUCGAAGACACGGUGCGAGCACUGCUGCAUGCAGGCGCCGACGUAAAUGCCUUCGAUGAGGUGUGGGGAGUUCCUUUAGGUCUUGCUGCGAUGAAGGCUCGCGCAAAUGUUGUGCGUAUCUUACUUGCGAGCAGGGCCGGAGUCGACAGGCCAGCUGGAGCUCUUGGAACACCGCUACAUGCUGCUUGCUUCAGCGAUGACUCUGCUGUUGUUGCUAUCAUGCUGCAGGCGCUAAAUCCGUCCCGUAUUACCCAACAACUCGCGCGCGUUGCAGACUCCGUGGUCAAGUACUUGGAUGCAGCAGGCUCUUUUGGCAACACGACGGGCAUUACCGGUGCUGGCUCUCAAAUAGAGACGCCUGCAGACAUCAGGCGAUCCGCGAGGGCUCAGAGCCGUCGGACGUUCUACUCCCCACUUCAAGUCACGGCACGGUACAAUCGCACUCGUGUCAUUGAACCGUUGUUGGAAGCUGGGGCUGCUGAUAAGCUGAUAUCAUCACGUGGCCGUGCUGCAAACAAUCCAGUCCACAAGGCGGCCCGACUCAACCACGCAGAGUGGCUCGAGACUUUUCUGCGCCUACAGCCUCAAUACCACAGCUUUAUUGGGCUGGACUGGUCCGAAGGUCGCCUGAGCUCGCUCUCGGUGGCUGUGUACCGACACAGUUUCGAUUGUCUGGAAUGCUUAUUGAGGCGCAACGCGAGCAACAUCGACGCUCAAUCGACAGACAAAGAGAACAGAUCCGAGACGGCGCUAUUUGCGGCCUCAUUCGAGAGCAACCCAAGAUGUCUAGAUUUGCUAAUCGCAUACGGCGCCAAUGUGGACCUCCCAAAUGAGGCCUUGGGCCUUACACCGAUCAUGGAAGCAGCGCGCCGGGGCCACGUGGCCUGUGUACGUUCACUGAUUAAGGCGGGCGCCUCUUUGAGUGCUCCUGCGGUUUCCGCCAAUCCUUACCGGUACAAUGCACUUCACCUCGCAGCACAGCAUGACCAUGUGGAAAGUAUCAAAGUGCUUCUCGAGGCUGGUAUGGACAUUGAUGGGACCGAUUCGUAUGGCGACACGGCUCUAAUGCACGCAAUCUAUACGAACAGCUGCGAAGCUAUGGGCGCUCUCCUGCAUGCUGGCGCAUCCGUGUCGCCGCGCAACUCUGUUGGACAGACUGCAGUGGACAUCAUCGAUCUAGUGUGCGGUGAAGAAAUUCAUGCCAGGUUUACCUUGGAACAGGACCGCAUCAUGGCCGAAGCAACAACGAAACCAUGA